GAUUGGCAAACUUCAAUACGUGUGCCGUGAGGGUUUGUAUGGAAUAACAUUUAUAACCAAGAGAAAUCAGCAUUCUAGGAUGGGAAUACUUGGCUGAACAGAGAUUCCGCAAAGGUUUUGUUGGUGAUGGCAAGAAAAAGCGGAUACUUUGGUGCAAUGUGAUUGGCCAGCCCGUGUCAGACGCGACCCAGACUCAUCUGUCAAUUUGCUGUACAGGCCGCUGUGUGGCACGUUAGUAUCUUGCAAUGCUUCAGCAUUCUUUACUGUACGUAACUGAUGGCAUCCUUCCGUAUUUCUCAGACGAACAAUAAAACCAUGCCAGCUGAAGAGCACUCCACCCCCAUUGCUCAAGUGGCAGAACGCAGCCAGGGGCAGACUAGAAAGCUGGAGCAGACUAAUGGGAAUGGUGUGAUGGAGCAGGCUGUUCCUGGUCCCUCCAGUGCCCCUCCCAGACAGGGAUUCUGCAGCUGUUGCCAGGUGCUGUACACCAGUGUGGAGCAGCACAUCACGAGCACUAGGCAUCGAGAAGUUGUGAGCAACGCUCGAACGCAGGCUGCGUCCAGCAGCUUAAUGGAGAGGUUCCUGCAGGAUGUCAUUCAGCACCAUCCGCACCUCUAUAAUGACACAAGGCCGACCCAUGCCGACCUGCCUUCACUGAGCAGCCCACUGGUGCCGAGAGAGGAGCUCUCGGAGAUCUACUGCGCCCCAGAGGAUGACAGGGAGACAGUUGGCACCCGCGAGGAGAUGCCCAGCUCUGAUGAGGAAUCCUGCCACUUGGUCAUUGUGGAGGAUGUGCGCUCUCCUCCGCCGGUGGACCCACAGGCAAGAAGAACCACUCCACCGCAAGCUGAAAAAAGCAACUCAUCUGGAAAGGCCAGAGUGGCCAGUAGUGUGGACCCCCCUUCCGUGGAUAAAGGCUCCCCCACACAAGACUUCCUGCACAGGACUAGUAACGGCUGUGCUCUGGCCUCGCCCGUGUCUGCAGCCCCGCUCCUUGCUGAACCCUGUAGCUCGCAGGCCCCACCCCCCAGCAAGUCCGGUAGCCCUCAGGCCCCUCCUCCUGGCCAGCCCAGUAGCCCACAGGUUCAGCUCCAUCGAAAAGCUCACAGGAAGACUGACCGACCUGGAACAAAGUCCCGCUCUCCCCUUAAAACUUCACCAGCUUCAAAGGGUGUUACUUCUGGGGACGAGACGCCAAUAGAACCAGAGGUAAAGAGCCCCACUGUGUGGAUUCCGGCAAAAGCUCCUCCGCAGAGCACUCUCAGGGACCGUAGUCCCUCCAGCAGAAACUCCAACAAAAUGUCGAGCGUGAUAGAAGAGGUGAUUGAGAAGUAUUGCUAUGGCCGUAGUCCGAAGAGGAAGAAGGUGGAUGAGGAGAGCUUCCAUUUGAGUCUGCACUCCAUUACCGAUCCUGAUUUCUCUGAUGAUGAAAUGAGUGAGGAAUGGGACACGCCAGUAAGGACAGCACUGGAGACUGCAAAGGCAGAGGUGAAAGACCUUGGCUGUCUCACGGAAGCGCACGUAAACGUGGAGGACCAGAUAUACAGAACUCAGCUGGACACAGCACUCAACCUCCAGCUCCAGGCAGAGGCAGCAGAGGGUAAGAAGGCUGACAAUGUGAAAGCGGACAAGCGCAAGAUUGAGGAGGUGCUCCCCGCGCUGCCACACAUACCUCAGUCUUUUAUCGGAAAGACGUGGUCGCAGGUCAUGUAUGAAGAUGACCUGAAGAUCGAAUCAAUGGUGCGUGACUUCAGGGAAGGUCGCUUCCGCUGCUACUUUGAGAGCGAGUCCCUGGCUACGUAUGGAAUGAGGAGUAAAGAAGUGAAGGGCCAGGAGGAUCAAGUGGAGAAAGAGCAGUGGGACCAGGCGGGUCUUCUGCCUGUCAUGGAUCGCCCUGAGGACGAUACUCUUUGCGAUAGGGAUUUAGAGAGGAGAGCUGGCCGCAGGACCUGGAGACUGGCGUCGCGCUGUCAGGUGGUGAAGGUCAGCCACAGCACACAGACCAACCCUCUGAACAGCCCUAUGGUCAGGAAUAGAGUCCUAGACAAGGCCAGCACAUCCCUGGAUGACCUGGAGCAACAACACGAUCUCACUAAGACGCCUGACAUGAAGACCAGGCUGUGUGCACUGAAAUUGCCAGAUUCCUACACCAAAAUCGCGAGUCCCUUGCAAGCCAAAACUGUGGUUUACGUCCUCGCCUCCCCAGACUCGGGACAGGGCUUCUCGAAACCGAUCAGAAGAGUUGGAAGAAAACCAAAGUACAGCGACGGCGAGAGUGCAUCGAAAUUCAAGUACAAGAAAACUCCCUUGAAGUACUACGAUCCCUUGACUAACAGAAUCCUGAAGGCCCCGCCCAAGGGAGUGGCUGUAGGCAAGCCGAAGCCGUUCCCCUACGUCCGUCAGCUGUUCCGCAGCCUCAGCCCUGACAUAAACAUGGAGAAGCAGUUUGUGGAGCAGAAGGACGCCUGGAGCUCUUCAAAGGGCCGGGGCGGCAGCAGUAGCAGCGUGGUGGAUUUCGGCAGCUCCACGUCGGGCUCGUGUUUGGAGAGCAGCAACGCCUCCGAGUCCGGAUCCUCCGUGUCAAGCAGGAGGGCGCUCUUCAGCCGCUCCUCUCUGUCCAGCAGCAGCCGCUUCCUGCUCGGCACCCUCACCUCCUCGCCCUCUCACGCCGACAGCACUACCAGGGUACUAGCUGCUGAGCCUGACAGGACAGUGCAGACACAGGGCAGCCGGGGCCAAGCCCAGGGCAGACAGGGCCUGCAGACUGAGUGCUUGAAGGAGAAGCCUCUGGGACCAGCGAAAGGGCCCGCUUCCCCGUACAGAUCCAGGAAGGUGCGCACCAGGCUGAUGCCCAAGAAGGGGCAAGCCAGGUCAAACUUCCCCGUGAAGCUCUACAGUACCAGAAAAUCCCGGUCGCCCAGAUUGUCAGACCACAGGAAGGAACUCUCCCCGGACUUUCUUGCAAGAACAAAGACCAGGUCACCUCCCCAACCUGAGGACCCCCCACAGAAAGAAAAGGUGAGGAAGACGUAUGCCAGAGCUAAGGGCUCGGUCAGGUCCCCCUCCAAAUCCCCAGUAAUGGAGAAACAGGGCUGUAGCACCUUGACACGGACUUCCAGCAGACACCCUGCUUCACCUCUAAUGACUCGCAUUUUGAGAAAGAGGGGGAAGACAUAAAGUCAUGGCUACAGACUAGAGGAUAAGCUGUUCCCACCUUCUCCUAUGGGGAAUCGCAGGCAUGCUGCUGCGCUGCUCUGUACCGUGCCCCUCCAGGGUGCUAUGGAGUCACUGUCGCACAGUCCCGUGAGGGCUGUAGUUAAAAGCUGUAACAUUUUGCACAGACUCCAGAGAAGAAAAAUAGUUUAUA